ACAUCUUCACGUCGGCCGCACUCACGCACGCUUUUAAUAUAAACGUCUGUGCGUGUGAACGCCUACGCAACGUGCAUGAAAGUCGGACCCGCUAUGCCAGUUUGUUCAGUAUAUUCCAAGUGUCAAACAUACCUCGUAUGGCGUCUCGACGUCGCGAAUAAAAUCCACUGUGUAUGCAAGGAGAUAACCAAACGUGCUCGUAAACAAUCACCAUGAAAAAACGACGGAGACGCUGCCAUCACUGGGUAAAUCCAUGAGCAGUCGAAACGCCUUUAAAGUGGUCUGAUCAAAAUUGGAUAAACCUAACUGGAGUACUUUAUGAAAUAAAAAAUUAUAAGGAUAAGUUGUUAAUUUUAUCUCGAUGUAGCUAAAAUUUGUCGAAGAAGUUCCUAAUCGUUGGUAGACUUGUGACAAUUACCAGUCGGAGCUAUGCCUGGAAGUCGAGUUUUGCAGAAUCCCGAAGAAAAUCUCAGAAUUUGCAAUGGACACUGCGAAAACGUCAACUAUACUCCGAAGAAGAUGACCCAGACGGAUGGAGGCUGGGCCUGGAUGAUAGUUCUCGCAGUGAUUAUCAUCAACGUGACCGUCCUUCCCAUUCAACAAAGUUUUGGCUUGGUUUUUGAGGAGCGAUUUUCGGAGCUGGGGAUCACAGCUACUCAGAUCUCUUUGAUUUUCAGUCUAAACUCGGCAAUGACUUGUGCAAUGGGUUUGUUAAAUGGACCGAUGUUGAAGAAGUUCGUCUUCAGAACCGUCGCCUAUCUUGGGAGCAUUUGCAUUGUCUUAGGAAUAUGCGCAUUGGCAUUCGCCGAUUCUUUGCCAAGCAUCAUAUUCACUUAUUGCAUUCUCAUUGGGAUCGGCCUAGGAAUUAUUUAUCCCGCCACCAGCCUCGCUUUAAAUACAUAUUUUCGAAAAAAACGAAGCGUCGCAAUGGGAAUCACCGUCACGUUAACAGGACUGGGACCAAUUUUAAUGCCAUUAUUAAUCGACGGUUUAAUCAGCAAAUAUUCUACGAGGAGCACUAUAUUAAUCCUUGGCGGAAUUGCGAUGCACUCCUUCAUUGGCGCAUCUUUAUUGAAACCUUUUAUAAGUAAUGAGCGAAAUCUAAAAGAGACUGAAAAUCAAACAGUUAAAUCGUCAAGUUGUGACGAGAUGAAAGUUCUUAACAAUUCGUCGCAAAGACAUCCUGAAGAAAUCUUGAAAGACUUGAACAAUACCUCAGAUAUUGACCAAACUGAAAAAUGUCUGAUAGAUAAGACGAAGGGUACAAAUACUAUAAGAAGCCGGAAACAAGAAAGCGAUAACUCGGCAAGUCGAAAUUGUUUUUCAAAAAUCGCAAACACUUUAGAUUUGGACCUUUUGCGUGAUAGACAUUACCUCUUUAUUGUUGUAGGGAUGAGCGUCUCUCUCGUAUCAGAGACCAACUUCAAUCUUAUGAUUCCGUUUAUCUUGAGUGAUAUGUCAUCACUCAAAAGAACUGAAAUCGCGAGGAUAAUGUCGGUCCAAGCAGCUGCCGACAUUUUGGCACGAUUUUGCAUUCCACUUUUGAUCCAACGAAUCGGAUGGAAGCCGAGGAGUCUGUACAUCAUCUCUUUAAUAGGAUUCACCAUAGGAAGAACGCUCUUGAAUUUUGAUAACCAUUCCUACAACUUUAUCAUGCUGAGCCUUUCUCUGAUUGUUGGAGUGGCAAAAGGAACUAAAGCUGUAUUCCAAGCUUUAGUAAUUCCCGAUUUUAUUCCUUUGGAGAGAUUACCAGCAGCUUCCGGCAUUUUGUCAGUUUGCAAUGGCAUUGCCGCUGUUUCUUUAGGUCCUCUCAUAGGAAUCGUGAGAGACUAUUCUGGGAGUUAUGUGAUCGCUCUUCACUUCACAUCCGCUCUCAGCAUGUUCUGUGUUUUUCUUUGGUUGGCAGAAGAUGUUGUCACCAAUAAAGAACCUAUCAGAUCUGAAAAUGAUACUGCCUCGAUAAGAAUCCCUGCGUAGAACCUAAGAAAUUUUGUUUUUAUAAGAUUUAAAAGAAUAAAAACCCAGAAAACAUUA